AUGAAUAAAUUCUGGUGGGGUUCAGGGGGUGGAAACGAGAGGGGAAUUCAUUGGUUGUCAUGGAAACGAAUGUGUACUCCAAAGUGUUUUGGUGGUCUGGGAUUUAAGGAUCUACGAGCUUUUAAUUUGGCUCUGUUGGGCAAGCAGGGUUGGCGCUUUUUGACAAACCCGGCUUCUUUAGUGGCUCGUGUAUAUAAGGCCAGAUAUUUUCCGAAUUCCUCGUUUGUUGAUGCUGUAAUAGGAACUAAUCGGAGCGCCUGCUUGAGGGGUAUUUUUGCGGCAAAGGACUUGAUUUGUGGGGGUAUUAGAAGGCGGAUUGGAGAUGGUACAAGUACACAGGUUUGGAAUUCUCCGUGGCUACCUGAUUCUAAUCCGUGCAUUCAAACUCCUCAGCCAUCGUACUUGUCCAACGCUAUUGUGUCAGGCCUAAUCGAUCCUAAUACCAAUGAGUGGGAUGAGGAGGUUUUAAUGGACAUUUUUGAACCUAGGGAUGUAGAGCUAAUUAAAAGGGUGCCUAUAAGCCCUAGUUAUGCUGAUUCUUGGUAUUGGUUGGAUGACCUCCGUGGGAUCUAUUCCGUAAAGAGUGGCUACAAACGCAUCUGGGGUGUUGUUACCCCAUUGACAGAUGAUUUUAUUAGUUGGAAUAAGGUGGAGAGUGUGUCACAUGUGUUUAUUUGUUGUGCUUUUGCAGUUAAUGUAUGGCGUAUUUCUCACAUUGAUAUACCUGAUGGUGCUAGGCUAUCUUUCUCUGCGUGGUUCGAACAAAUACUUAACACACUGGAUGCCAAAGAGAUCAUCAAGGUGGCGGCCAUCCUAUAUGCAGUUUGGAGUGCUCGGAAUUCAGCUGUGUGGGAGGCGAAAGUUCCCACUCCGGCUUCGGUUGUGGCAUUGGCGGGGAGAGCAGUUCAUAACUGGCAGCUGUCACAACCUGCGGCGAGUCCAACUGGUAAUACGCACGAGCAGUUGCCCUUUCCUCUAUCCUUUUCACGGUGUCAUGUUGAUGUGGCAUACGAUAGUGGUUUAGGGAAAGCUACAGCGGGAGUGGUGCUAGUGAGGCCGAAUGGGGAGUUUGUGGCUGCUAUGAGUACUCCUUUACCUUAUUGUGAUUCAGUAAUUAUGGCAGAGACAGUAGCUUGCAAGGAGGCCCUCUCUUGGUUGAAAGAUAGGAAUGAAGAGGCUGUUGUGCUACUUACAGAAUGUGCAGUUCUAUGUGCUAACUUGUGUUCAUCACUGGAGAUCAUGUCGUAUAUCGGCAUUGCCACGAAAGAGUGUCGUAGACUUAUGAGUUCUAUUGUUUCUUGCUUAGUCCUUUAUAUUCCUCGAUCAGAUAAUUUCUUAGCGCAUGCUUUAGCUCGAGACUGUUUUUCAUCUUUACAGGAUGUCAUUUUGUUUUGGGAUGUUGUUCCCCCUAGCUCCAUUAUGGAGCUCUUAAUAUAA